UCCGGCCCCGCGCGCAUACCAUUAGAUUUUCCUGCGUUUUCAAUGAAAAUACGUGCGUCGCGUUGGCUCGGUGCGCGAGCGGUGAUCACCGCGGAUGUUUGAUCGCGUGUUCGCCGGGCUGUCAUCGCUGAACGAUCGAGAGCAGACGGUGCCGGGCUUCCAGCGUUUCCUCGCGGGUAUUUCGAACACCUGCUGCAUCCACGGCUCGUGGAACACCUCUGUCUGGACACUGGCCACGAAUUAGCAGAGUUUUAUUUACCGAAUCGAACCCUUCAGGGUGAAACUGGUGCGUCAAGGAUACCUAUCGCGAGAAGAGGAGGAGAUGUCUGCUGUUGAGAGCGCCUUGGACGUCCUCUCCAGGGCGGCGACCAUGGUGCAAGAGGAGAGGCCAAAGGCGACGAAUCUCCACCGGAAACCGAGCAGCGCGUGGCGCAAGGAGCGUAGGAGGGAUCCGAUCCAAAGUGAGGCGCUGGACAUGUCCGCGGCACGGGUCCAUCAUCAUCAUCAUCACAGCAGGCCCAGUGUGAUCGUGCCCACCACACCGCAACCUGGUACAACGAUCGAGGACACAGCAGUAACGCCUACUCCGUCGCUGACACCCUCAGCUGCAGCAGGAGGCCAAAGAACUGGGGUCAGAACCGUGGGUGGCGUGAGUGAUCCUGCAAUAGACGAGCACUUCAAGCGAUCUUUGGGCCUGGAAGAGUACGCUGCGGUGUUCAAUGCGACUAGCAGUGAUAAGGAAGCAGGUCUCAGUGUGGAUGAUCACUUUGCCAAGGCACUUGGGGAAACCUGGACGAGGCUGCAGGCGACCAGCAGAAGCAAGGACUCCACCUAACUGCCGGACAGUUUACAGGAAGUCUCCAUCAUCCUCGUUGCGUCGUUAUGGUUGCCUUCGAAUCCUUCGCCGAUGAUCGUGUACCAUUCUGUGACGACCAGUGUGGCUUCGUUGCUUGUGUGAAAGUGUUAACAACGUCUGUGGGAGGAACAUGAGCAACCAACGAACUCUAUAUUAUUAAUAUUAUUGCUAUUACGUAGGCUCGCGUGGGAAGCAGAAUGAAAGAGUACCCAAGUGUCCUUGAAAGCGUCACAGAUGCUCCCUGACGAGUGUCCAGUUCAAUCUGUGGCCUGUACACGCGAUUCUCUAACCUCUUGCGACAAUUGUACUCGACAUAUUGUGUAUAUAUAGACGCGUAUUCUUUUAUCAUGCCAUCAUCGCGCGGCCCAAGCGGUCUGAAGUUAUUUAUUAUACGAUGUUCCAU